UCCCUCGGGUUAGGAGCGGGACUGGCCUCCUGCCUGGGGUCUGGUUCCUCUGCAGCUGCAGCGCAGCCCCCCUGAAUCUCCCGCCCCCCAACCCCAAGGCUGGAGCGGCCGCGUCUCCGUCUAGGCGCGGGCAGGUGGCGGGUGCGUUACUGUGCCCGGAGUUGAGCUCCUGGAACCAGCCUCUCCAGCCAGCCCACGACGUGCCCGAGCUGUAAGUGUUUUCUGGAUUCUGUCCCAGCAGAUCUGAUUCCUGUUCUGUAGCUGUUUAAAGGAUUGACCUGAGCGUCUUUAGUGAAACUUAAUGGCCACCUGAUUAGACACCAAACAAAGGUUUUGGAGAUCCAUUUUUGGUUAAAACAAUAAUGACUUUCUUGGAACGCAAUCCCAGUGGAGCUUGUUUUCUGUAUAGCCUGGAAAACCACCUAGCAACCAUCAGCAAGUCUUCAGGGGCCUUGUAACAGUCACAACAUCAAACAACUAAGUGACUCAAGGUUGUUUGGGGGACCUUAAGAAUUGUGAAUAUCAGUUCAUCUGGAAGAUCAACCACUACUAGUCUGCUGACUCAACCGCUGCAGAGCUGCUGCUGAAAUAUGUCUAAGAACGCAGAGUUCAUCAAUCUGUCGUUUUUAUUAGAUCAUGAGAAGGAAAUGAUCCUGGGAGUCCUAAAGAGAGAUGAAUAUUUGAAAAAAGUGGAGGACAAGAGAAUAAGGAAGCUGAAAAAUGAACUCUUAGAAGCAAAACGUAGAAGUGGGAAGACCCACCAGGAGACCAGGAGAGUCUGUGUUCACUGUCAGAAACACUUGGGCUUAAUCUUCGACCGGGGAGACCCGUGCCAGGCCUGCUCACUCAGAGUGUGCAGUGAGUGUCGGGUCUCGGGCCUCGAUGGCAGCUGGAAGUGCACAGUGUGUGCCAAAGUCGCGCAACUAAGGAUUGUAACUGGUGAAUGGUUCUUUGAAGAAAAGGCAAAGCGUUUCAAGCAAGUCAAUGUUCUAGGCACUGAUGUUGUCCGACAGUCCAUUUUAAGAAGAAGUCCAGGAGCUGAAGAAAGCCAAGAGCAAACCUGCCAGGAUGCAGCAAAGUCUGACACGUCACCUUCUGCUGGGCAGAAGGCCAGCCAUGAUGGGCCCAGGAGGAAGGGAUUUCUUCUUAGCAAGUUCAGAUCAGCCACCAGAGGAGAAAUCAUAACUCCAAAAACUGAAGGUGGACGGAGCUACAGCUUGGACUUAGACUGCCAGCAUUUUCGGAGUUUCAAGUCAGUCUCUGGUUCAGACAGGGGGAGCACGGGUUCAUCAGAUCUCAAUGAGCAGGAACCUGGGACACCAAAGAGCUGCCGCAGCAAUGGUAUCACUGCAGUCACUCAGAAGUCACCGGCUCCCAGCUCACGCAGUAUGACCUCAGGCAGCAAUAGAGAACGUGCCUUUGACAAUUCCAUGGAUUUGGCUGCUGCUGAAAGCAUCUCUGAGGACUUCACAAAGAGCCAUCGCAGAAAUACUUCUGGCACACCCUCUAUAGCAGUGUCCAGGGCCUCCCUCUCCUCAGACCGGAGUCGAUCUGAGCUAGAUUUGAGUGGGUCAUUUACAGAAGACUUAGAGGAUACUGUCAGCAUAAGAAGCAAGUCUGUCUCUGGGACUUUGGACAAAGAUUUGGACUUCUUGGAAGAGACUGAAGAAGGCAUCAAUAACUUAGUGUCUACCCGGUUUUCUGCAAACACUUACAAUUUAGCAAGUGGCCUGUCAACCAAUUCUCAAGCAGGCUCUGACAGGAAGUGGACCUACCUAAAUGUGCCUGACGCUGACUCCGACACUACCAGCCUUAACAGCAUGAUGAGUGUUUACAGCGAAACAGGAGACUAUGGCAAUGUGAAGGUCAGUGGCGAGAUCCUUCUGCACAUCAGCUACUGCUACAAAACUGGUGGACUCUACAUUUUUGUCAAGAAUUGCAGAAAUCUCGCCAUAGGUGAUGAAAAGAAACAGAGAACAGAUGCUUAUGUCAAGUCAUACCUUCUUCCUGACAAGUCUAGAAACAAUAAGCGCAAGACCAAAAUCAGAACAGGCACCAAUCCAGAAUUCAAUGAAACACUGAAGUACACCAUCAGCCAUACCCAGCUGGAAACACGAACUCUGCAGCUCUCUGUCUGGCACUAUGAUCGAUUUGGACGUAACAGCUUCCUUGGAGAGGUGGAGAUUCCUUUCGACUCAUGGAACUUUGAAAACCCAAGUGAUGAGUGGUUUGUGCUUCAGCCCAAGGUGGAGUUUGCUGCCGACAUCAGCCUUCAGUACAAAGGAGAGCUGACAGUUGUUCUGCGUUACAUCCCCCCAGAGCACAGCUUGAUGCUUCCACUAGGACAGCUUCAAGGAAAGAAGGCAUUUAAAAGUGGAAAAAAGAAGGAGUCUUCUGUAAUCUCUGGAGGAAUACUGGAAGUUUUCAUCAAAGAGGCAAAGAACUUGACAGCGGUGAAGUCAGGAGGCACUUCUGAUAGCUUUGUGAAGGGCUACCUGCUCCCUGAUGAUAACAAAGCCACCAAGCACAAAACCCUGGUGGUGAAAAAGAGUGUUAAUCCUCAGUGGAAUCAUACUUUCAUGUUCACUGGCCUGUACCCCCAGGAUAUAAAGAAUGUCUGCCUAGAACUUACCAUCUGGGACAAGGAGGCCUUUGCCAGCAACAUCUUUCUGGGAGGAGUUCGUUUAAACUCUGGAAGCGGUGUGAGCCAUGGAAAGACUGUGGAUUGGAUGGAUUCUCAGGGGGAAGAGCAACGCUUGUGGCAGAAGAUGGCAGAUAAUCCGGGGACUCCUGUAGAGGGUGUGCUCAUGCUCCGCUCCAGCAUGGGGAAAUGUAGGCUCUAAAGGUACACUUCUCCAUGAAUAAGGCUCCUGGGACCGACUGGCUGCCAUUUUCCACCAGUAUCAGACUUGGACCUGGUAUUUUGCUUCCAUGACAUUUUUCACCUGAGGGUAUUGGGACAUGUGGAGAGAGAUGUCAGUGUUAAAAAAAAAAAAUUAGGGUCUUGCCAAGUGUUUAAAAAACAUGUAGCUUGCCAUGCUAUGAGCCAGGGUAUUCUUGAUUGGAUGAUAGAAAGUGCAGCGCACUGUGUGCUCAACGAGCAAAUUGUGUGAUGAUGCAUGUAAAGGAACUGGUGCAAGUGUAUUUGAAACUACAUUUGAAAAUGGGGGCACCCAACCUUUUACUAGAUAUGAGUUACUUUAGGUUUCCUCAAAUGGUUUGCAGGAAAAGGGAGUCACUGAGAGCGUAGACCACUUGAAUAGUAGGAAGAAGGGAUGCUAGCCACCCUUCCUCACCCUGGGAUUCCCAUGAUCCAUUGUAGGGAUGUUUGCUGGGUGAGGGGGUAGACCUGUUAUUGUGACAAUCUUGUGGAUUAAACAGGUAAGUUUUUAAGAUGAAUUGACAGGUUUUUCUGUGGUGACUACAGAAUUUAUAAUCAAAGUCAGCCCACUUUUGAGAAUGAAGAGAGCUAAAUCAUUACAUCAGAACAACAGAUGUAAACCAGAAUUGACCUGAGAAAAUUGGGUUGCAGAUUCACCAUAGUUAUCACCUAACUAUUUAAAAGUUCUGUGGUAAACUUUUUUUUUUUUUGAAAAUUCCUAAGCCACUAACUGAGAGGGAAUGAGAAAUAAUAUGGUUUUUCGGCUCUGCUUGUGUUGUAUCUACUGAGGUCCCACAGGUCAGAGGAAGUUACGAGACCAAGCCCAACAUCAGGAGGCAGGGAGGUACUCUGUUCACAGUAAAGCCAUGGCAAGAGAGAAGGAGCUGGAAGGGAUGAAGAAUCAGGGCCAGUGAUUCAAUUUACCAUACCUUCUGUCACCUGGAAUCCCAGAUGCCUUACCACACUUAGAUGCGCAGGUAGUUAAAACUGAAAGGGGACCUCAGACCUGGUUGCUUAUUUUGCAGUUUCCAAACCUGAAACCAGGAGAGCUGAAAUGACUGGCCCAAGGUCAUAUAAAGGCUAUAACUGUAUACAGACUUAAAUGCAGGGUUGGUCUCCAAACUUUGGCAUGAUCCCAUGCUUAUCAGAAUGGACAGGAGGACAUUAGCUGUACUUGUUUAUCAUUAUUAAUGUCCAUCCCCAGGGCGAUCUUGUUAAAAAAAAAAAAUGCUAAUCUGUAAAAAAAAAAAAAAAAAAAAAAAAAGCUUUAAAACCCUCCAUGACUUUCCAUUGCUCUGAAAAUAAAGACCCACAUUCUUGCCCACCCCUGCCUAAAACAGUUGCUGCCCCCUCUCCAGCUGGCCCAGGCCAGGCCAAGCCAGGUCUCCCCACCCCUUCCCUUCUCCUCAGCCACUCUGUGUUCUUCUGCUUCUCAAUUGUGUUAGGCUCUAUCGCAUCCGGCCUUUUCAGGGAAUCUUCUUACUCCCCCUCCUGGUGGCCUAAUUUCCAUUAAUCACCCAGGUCUUAAAUGUUACCUGCUCAGGGAAUCCUCCCCUGAUCACCCUCUGUCUAACUAGGUCACAGCAGCCUGCCUCUAUUUCCCCUUCACUGCACGCAUCACAAUUAUAAUAAAUUAUUCUCAUAACGAAUCCUUUAAUGCCUGUGUCAGUUCCCUUCCCAUAACAUCUCCAGAACAUACGCGUCAUAAGAGCAGAGGCAACACUUCUGUAGCUUAUAUUUAUGUUCUGUAUCUCUGUCCCCUGUGCUUGGUUCAGAGUGGAAGAAGUGAAGAAAAGCCACCAUCAUAGAAUAUUAGGCCAGUACGCAUCUUUAGAGACUGCUGUUUGUAACUUGCAAUUAACAGAGGUGGAAGCUGGGGUCCACACAGAUCAAGAAAAAUAUCAGCAUGUGCUUACUGGUUGAUCUUUUAAAAGCAAACUUUCCAUAGAAGUACUGCAGUCACAGCUCUAGGCAGUGUGUUCCAGUCCGCCUUGACGCUGGUAAAAGCACAGGCUGCCUUCUUCUGCCUGGCUUAUCAGUUUCUUGGGAGAAGAGACCCCAGCCAUGCUUGGAUCUUCCUGUUCCUUGUUUAGAGAUCUCAACUCUCAAUUUUCCCUCACUUGAACCAGACAAAUUGCAAAGGCCUCACUUUAUAAAUUCAGUAUGUAAAUAGCAUCAGCAGGUCACUCUCACUUCACUUAUGUUGUUACUGGCACUGGAUCCAUCAGGAUGUACUUUUUUUCCAGGUCACAAAAACAAAGAUAAUUUUGAUGGGACUUUGUAUUCUUGGCCUUCAUUUCCAUAAGGAAUGUGCACAAAUAUAUGAUUAGGAACCAUUAAGUAUUGUAACUAAUAAAUUAAUUGAAUAUAUCUCAUUUAGAGUAUUAUUAGUUUCAUCAUCACCAUUCCAAAGUUUAUAUUUGGUAGGGAAGGAGGAAGCCAUGGAAGAAAUAGGUUAACCCCACUUCUAGAAAGAAAGCAGGUUGCAAUAUCAACCCCCAGAAACACCUCAGAGUGAAAGCCUAUGGCAUUUGGGGUGUGGUCAGUGUUUUGUUUUGUUUUUUCUUCCAGGUAAAUAGUUCACAGUAAACUGAGUUGCCUCUAGAACCUGGCAGAAAGACUUUACUCCUCCUCCUACAUGGUCAUUUUUGACCUCUGGAAUUAAAGAAAAGCAGGAGAAAGUCUACAUAGGUAAAGCAAUGGCAAAAAAUGUAUCUGGCAAGGUUUGAACAAUAGUCAUGGAAGCUGGACCACAUAAAAAAUCCCAAAGGAUUUUCUGAAGCAUCUGAAAUGUGAGUUUGUAAUAUGACUCCAGGGCAUUGUUAUAAACCUACAGAACAAGGAUCUCCAUCAAUUUUUAUCAAACUUUUUGGGUGAUUAUAAUACAAAUGGACCACAGUGUGACACUGAAGGGACGAAUUAUGUGGCUAUGUUAUUUAGAACAAAUAUAUGUCACGGUGGCCCAUUUGGCCAACCUGGACAUUAUUAAUUGCAUAGCACUAAUGAGGAGAUGGAAAGAACUUAAACUUGGACUCAGACAACAUUAGCUCAAGUCUUGACUACUUACCAACCAUGUGACCUCAAUCUAGUUAAUCGUCCAAUGUAGAUCUUGUUCUGGUUUUCUAUAAAAUAGGAAUAAUGAGAGUAAUGGAAGAUAUUAAAUGAGGUAAUUUAUCUAAAAAUGCUUUGUAGAUUUUAAUCCACUGUAAAAAAAAGUCAUUACUACUACUGAGCUAGUUCUACCACUCUGUGUUUCAUAUUCUUUGAGGCCCCCUUUUCUGGAUGCUGAUGUGGACUAACGGGUUCUGUGUGUAAUGAAGCAGUAGAUAGCAGAAGUAUUCAGAAAACCCAUUCUCCUGUGCUGUGUUACUCAUUGUGGAUAAUAAUUAGUGUAUUUACAUUCAGGCUGGAAUUUCCAACUUUGUCUGAUUAGAUCACAGUUAUUACAAAAAGUAUUUGAUGGAGAGAAAAAUGGUGGUCAGAUUUUUCUUAACUGGUAUGGAGCGUACAAACAAGCCAGCUUUCCUUCUUCCACCCUGAUGCCACCUACAGCCCUGCCUCAGCCCUGCCUGUCCCUCUGUGCAGCCCUGGCCUGCCCCCCACAGCAGGAAAUCACACCUGCCUUUCUCAACGGCCUGUUUUUCUGAAUACUGUUUUUUAUCUGCAGAAGGAAACUCACCAUUCUGUCAAAACAAGUCCCAUAGAAAUAAAAAUUACUUCUGUCAUUAUGAGGAGAGGAGAAGGUCGUGCUUUUCUCUCCAGCAUUUCAAUGCAGGAGGAGAAUUUGUUUUCUUUUUUCUCUGAAUGAGGAAGAGGUUAACGCCACAAGCAAAGACAGUAGUUCAUUACAAUAAUUAAAGAAAAAGUUGAAAUCUUGGCAUUUGCUGGAGAACAAAAAAGGUCUCUAUAGAAAGGCAGAGAACUGGAUAUAUGUGCUUAACUCUAGAUAUUUUACUUGUAUCCUUUUAUUGUUAGAUCCACUUACUUUGGGGGAGGAUGUUGCUCCUUCCUAACUUUUUUUCUACUUAUCGAACAGUUCAUUUUGUUUUCAGAAAUUUGAAACUCGUUUGUGCAAAACCAUGGAAAUAGAUGAAUCCCAACAACAAAAAUUGCUUCUGAAUUACUCUUGUUUUGAAGCAAGGAAGCAAACCAUUCCAUUACCAAGCAGUUUAUGUCAAACAUUCAUGGUUGAAUGGUAGUUGGAGUGAUAGUGGUUGACAAUCUUUCCUUUUCCAUCCUAUUGUUCAUUAUUCAUAAAUGAACAUUUUUGAACAGAAUUCAUUUGGCUUUUAGUUGUCAUGAAGAAAGAGCUGUCUAGAAUUUCCUGAAUCUUCUUGCUUUUGACCUUUCCACACUGUCCCCACCCCCCAUUUACUUUGUCCUCCUUAAUUCCUAAAUAUCUUUUUACAUUGUCCCACUGGGGACAAUGUAUGUGUCAUAAACCAGAAACUUAAAAGAGAUGCCUUUAAUGCUUUUUCCACAUGGAUUGGUGGAAAAUAUUAUUACUAAUGUUCAACUCUUUUCUGUCACCUCCAACCCCAUCUAUUGGAGUUACUUGGCUUGCAAAGUGUCUGAAUGCACGGAACCAGUUGGACACUUCCAAGACAGCCAAAUUAUAAGGCCCACUAAACAUCCCUGAAAAGGUAAUGAGGUGGAGAGCUCCUCUUGGGAAGAGAAGAGUGUUAGCAGGAAGAGUAAUGUCUGCUUGAGUGGAUAAGUGAGGAAGUACCUCGUGCCUGAAGAACAAUUCAUGGUAGAUAAAUUCUCAGGAAGAUGGGUCUGGUUAGAGGCAUGGUUUUUGUUUUACUGAAUGGAGUAUACAAUUUGAACCAGACAUGAAUUGCUAAUGACAUAGGGGAAAGGAAGUGUGAAAAAAAGGAGUGUGUCUCCAUUGGGGAUUUCUUUUGAAUCCCUUCCACUAGGCAGUUGUUCCUGAAAAUAAAUGUAAAACUAUUUAAAGAACAUCUGAGAGGGACACCCCAUCAUUAGUACAAGAAUUAGCCCAACUCUGAAUGCACUGGGGCCCCAGUCCUGGAUUCAAUGUACUUGUCACAGGCGGGUUGUUUUCCUCUGGGCCUGAUGAGGAGUCCAGGUUUAGUGAGCCAGAGUAGGAAGUAACACUUUCAAUAUCCAAAGAACAGCUGAAGACCACUGGAUCGCUGGGACAUUGGAAUGGGGGCCCUCUUUGGGAAAACAUUAUAGAGUAAUUUUCCAAACUCUGCCAAAGGCUGGGUCACCGACACGUGUUCAUUUCUCUUUUGUUCCUGACACCCACCACAUCUGGCUGCCAGUGAACUGUACUCCUACUCUGAUAGGAAGUUGCUCUUCUUUGUCUGUCUGGUUUUAAUGAAUGGACUUCAUUUCUUAGAAUAGUAUUAGAUUUAUUUUAAAAAGUUGAGCAGAAAGUACAGAGUUCCCAUAUACUAUAGCUCCUUGUCCCUUCAAGUUUCUCCUAUCAUUGACAUCUGGCAUUGGUGUGAUACAUAUAUUACAGUUGUCGAACCAAUAUUGGCCUAUUAAUUAAAGUCCAUAGUUUACAUUAGGCUUCCUUCUUGGGUUUUCACAAUUACUUGAUCAUACAAGCAUAGAUAUAUUGCCCUAGAAAUCCCCUCUUCACAAACCCUUGGUAACCACUGGAAUUUUUUCCUGUCUCCAUAGUUUUGCCUUUUGUAUUUGGAGUCAUAUGAUAUGCGGUCUUUUCCAACUCAAUUCUUUCACUUAUUAAUAUGCCUUUAUGGUUCUUCUAUGUCUUUUUGUGGCUUGAUGGCCAUUUUUUUUAAUUGUGGUGAGUGAAAUGAUAUAUUAUCUUUGUUUUUGAAUAGAGAGAGAAAAGGAUGGAAGAACUCUAAGUAACAAUAACAACUUUUUAAGAAAUUCCCUAGAGAUGAUGGGAGGUUUGCUUUCACUUUGCUAGGUUUUUAUUGGUUGAUUGAUUGUUGGCGACAAACACAUAUAUCCUAUUUACUUGUCUUCCCGUGUUUAGUGCAAAAUAAGUAACAAUAUGUAAGUGCUUAACAUGUCUGUCUCUAAGCUUCUGUACGGACUGUGUACCCCAGACCAAAGCGUUGUUCCACCCUGUACUUGCUGCAAAGUGUACUGUCUUUUUCAUUAAAUUCACUUUCCGAACAGCUAAUAUGUUCUAUUACAAGUUAUCCUUGAGUUCUUGAGAUGG